AUGGGCUCUGCCAUCCUGAGCGGGUUGCUCGAUGCGACACGGUCAGACCCCAAUCCCCGCAUCUCGCGAUUCAUCGUCGUCACAAAGACGGUCGAGUCGAGAGAUCGCCUCAAGCUCCAGUUUGAGCAAGACAUGGAACGAAUAGUGUUGGCCAACGACGAAAGUCUCUGGGCCAUGAAGGAGGCCGACAUCAUCAUCCUCGGCUGUAAGCCACACAUGGCCAAAGACAUUCUAGGUGCUGAGGGCAUGGAAGAGGCACUUUCCGGAAAGCUCUUGAUCAGUGUUCUCGCUGGGAAAACACCACAAGUUCUGGAAAGCCAUAUUAGCAACAACAACGAUGCAAGCCCAAGGCCCUAUGUUGUCCGCGCCAUGCCCAACGUCGCAGCGCGAAUUCGCCAGUCCAUGACCAUUAUCGAACAUAACCCCUCCCUCCCCGAUGAGCUAAGCGACACCUUGCGCUGGAUCUUCGAGCAGAUCGGGGGAGUCAAAGUAUUGGCUUCAGAAGUGUUUGACAUUGGCUCUCUGCUAGUCGGCUCAUCAAUGGCCAUUAUGACUGUCGCUUUGGACGGACUUCUGGAUGGCUGCGUCAUGGAAGGCAUGCGAAGGCCUGAAGCCUUGGAGCUGGCCGCGCAGAGCAUGUUGGGGCUGGCCGAGAUGCUACGUCAAGGCGAGUGCUCGCCGGCAGAGUAUAGGGAGAAUGUCUCAUCGCCGAAGGGAGGCACUAUCACGUCGUUGUUGACAGUUGAGAAGGCAGCAGUGAGAGGCACUUUUGCGCAGUCCAUCAUAGACGGGACCAAGAAGAUACAGGGAUGA